UUCGGUUUUUGUGACAGCUUGCUUUCUCACAUUUGGUCAAGCUAGCCAUUUUUCUCACCGGCACAAGUUCUUUAAACAAACAUAUCAUGUUUUUGUCUCUUAAUCUAAUCCGAUUUUGUCCUUAACAAAACCCAAACUUGUUUCGUGUUUGGUACAAAGGAAGAUGUUGAGAAACCGACUUGAGUUCUUCUUCUUCUUCUACUCAUAAACAAACAAAAAAAAAAAAGUUGCAAUCUUUUUCCCUGGAUUCUUGUUUGCAACCUACCUAUAAUUCUGGGUAUUUUCUUAUUCAGAUUCUCCUAAAAGUUCUCCUUUUGUUCCUUAGAAAAAUACAAUCUUUUUCUCUCUUUCCCUUGUGGAUUUGGAUGAUUGGGUUUGAUUUACAGUUCAUUUCUAGUCACCAUUACGCGUUUCUCUCUUCUUCCGUGUCAAGCUUUCCUUCUACCUUGGGAGAUUGUUUAAUACUUCUUCUUCUCUUUGUUCUUUUCUGUGUUUGCCUUAGUCAGAUCUGCAUUUGUUGUUGUCGAAACCAAAACGGUCGAAGAAGAAGAAGAAGAACAUCAGAGUACUAAGUAAAGUUUGUUGUAUCUUGGCUACGAAUUCAUGACUUCUUGGCUCAGAAAGAUUGUGUUAUAAGAUUUGAGAGUGUGAAGGGUCUUUCAAGAAGUUGUUACAAUGGCGUCUAGAGAAGGAAAGAGACGUAAUCAUAAUCAUGAUGAUGAGAAGCUUGUGCCUCUUGCUGCUUUGAUAAGUAGAGAGACGAAAGCUGCUAAAAUGGAGAAACCGAUUGUGAGAUUUGGACAAGCUGCUCAAUCUAGGAAAGGAGAAGAUUAUGUCUUGAUCAAGACUGAUAGUCUUCGUGUUCCUUCCAAUUCUUCAACUGCUUUCUCUGUUUUUGCGGUAUUUGAUGGGCAUAAUGGAAAAGCGGCAGCGGUUUAUACAAGGGAGAAUCUGUUGAACCAUGUUAUUAGUGCUCUUCCUAGUGGGCUUAGCCGUGACGAGUGGCUUCACGCUUUACCUCGUGCAUUAGUUUCUGGAUUUGUGAAGACUGAUAAGGAGUUUCAGAGCAGAGGGGAAACUUCUGGAACAACAGCAACGUUUGUGAUAGUAGAUGGAUGGACUGUGACCGUUGCAUGUGUUGGCGACUCGCGCUGCAUCUUGGAUACUAAGGGUGGUUCAGUUUCUAACCUUACUGUUGAUCACAGGCUUGAAGAUAAUACAGAAGAGAGGGAACGCGUUACUGCGAGUGGUGGAGAAGUUGGCAGGCUAAGCAUUGUUGGAGGCGUUGAGAUUGGUCCACUACGGUGUUGGCCUGGAGGUCUCUGCCUUUCAAGGUCUAUUGGGGAUAUGGAUGUUGGGGAGUUCAUUGUUCCAGUUCCCUUUGUAAAGCAAGUGAAGCUAUCAAACCUUGGAGGAAGGCUUAUCAUUGCAUCAGAUGGCAUAUGGGAUGCUCUCUCCUCAGAAGUCGCAGCUAAAACUUGCCGUGGGUUAUCUGCUGAACUUGCUGCUAGACAAGUAGUUAAGGAAGCAUUGAGAAGAAGGGGACUUAAGGAUGACACAACUUGCAUUGUGGUCGACAUAAUCCCACCCGAAAACUUCCAAGAACCACCGCCUUCACCUCCUAAGAAGCACAACAACUUCUUUAAAUCAUUACUCUUCAGAAAGAAAUCAAACUCAUCUAACAAACUCUCCAAGAAACUUUCCACUGUUGGUAUUGUUGAAGAGCUCUUCGAAGAAGGUUCGGCAAUGCUCGCUGAAAGGUUAGGAUCAGGUGACUGUUCUAAGGAAUCAACAACAGGAGGAGGGAUAUUCACGUGUGCCAUAUGCCAACUAGACCUAGCUCCAAGCGAGGGAAUAUCAGUCCACGCAGGUUCAAUCUUCUCGACAAGUCUAAAACCGUGGCAAGGACCGUUCUUAUGCACAGAUUGUCGUGACAAAAAAGACGCGAUGGAAGGGAAACGUCCAAGUGGAGUUAAAGUCAUCUAGAUUGAAAGAUGGUAAUCUGCAUCAUCUCUCACUUACACACACACAUUCUCUAUUCGUUCAUUAUAAUUCUUUCUUCUUUCGUUCUUUGUUGUUACAUUACAUCUACGCAUCCAUUGGAAUAAAAUUUGAGUAGUAGACCUGAUUCUUUAUGGAUCUGAGAAUCGGGUUCGAUAUAGAGUGAGUUUGAUUGAUUGGUAUACAAUGUGAAAAAGCUUGUGUGUGUCAUACUGAAAACAAAACAGAUAUAUGAAAAAAGUUUGGAUAAAACAAAAUUCUGUGUCUUAUCUUUGCCAUUCUUUAAAAUGUUGUUGUUUGCUAUAUCCAGACCGAUUGAUGUCUAAGUAACAGAAACUAUAUAGAUAAGAAUAUUGAUUGCGUAAGGAUGGUCGUAAUGUGGAGCCAAGGACAACACGAGUUUCGUAUGAUAUGGAUUCAAAUACUCUUGUAGGACAUGCACUUAAAGCAUACGCUCCAAUUUGUUCUCUUUUUGGCAUAUUUUUACUUAUUACUCAAUCAACUUAUGUUUUUGGAAAAAGGUCAAAAGGCAGAAGAUUAUUCUAUAUUCGGAUUGUUUUUUCUUUCCAUAACACGUAAGUCAUUAUAUUUUGAAAUUAAAUAAAAAAGAUUUGUCAUGAAAU